AUGCGCCGGAGCGGUUUGGGUCUGUUUCUGUCCUUGGCCCUGGCCGGCGAGGCCUCGGCCUCCAUCUCCAACUCGUCCUCGUCGAGCUCGAGGUCGUCCUGUUCGGGCUGCGACAUUGAGGACUGGAACGACGAGGACUUCGCGCAGUGCAACUUCUGGGGUGACCCCCACAUCACCUCCAGCUACGGCGAUUUGGGCUCCUUCGACUUUCAGGGCCUGGGCCUGUGGAAGGCCUCCGUGUCCAGUGCCUGCGGAUACAAAUUCCAGGUCAACGCCUUUACGUGCCGAUACACUCCACAGCUCUGGAGCAACAGCAUCACGCGUUACCUGGCCAUUCAGAUCGGCGACAAGAUCAUCUACGUCAACAACACCAAUGUAGGUGGCAGCGGUCUGGACAUGGUAGAUGAUCCUUCUUUCAGCCUCCAAACUGCCGGCAUCAACAUUCAGAGCCCGGACAAGUGCUUCCGAAUGAACGUGAACGUAAAGCCUCUGGAUGGCGGCUCGCGCUGGUACCACAACGUGAAGCUCCGCGUGAUCAAGCACGCGGUUGAAAAGGAUGGCAUCUGUGGUGCAUCCGACUUGCGCGAUCAGCUUGUCUACUACGAUGAUGCCGAUGUGUUGUUCACGGAGGAGCAGCUGGCUGAGAUGUGCAGUGCGUGCACGGAGCCAAAUGCGCCGGCCCCACUCGGUUGUCCUGGCUCCGCCACGAGCAGUCCCGGCUGCGAGUUCAUGAGCCAGUCCACCAACCUCAACAGCUUCGAGUGCACGAAGGACAUGCUCCCACAAGACGGGGAUGCUCCGGAUGCAGACAACCUCACCAAGUACCUCGAGCUUACCAACGACGGCGAGUAUUGCAUGGCGUAUGUCAAGACGAAGGGACCUGGUGCGAGCAGAGAUUGCAACCAGUACUGCGAGGACAUCGGCUCGAAGUGCGUGGCUGUGUGGGACCAGAUUGCCCGCACGAGCUGCACGUUGGAUCCGGUUGACAUAUUCGAGAAGCACGGAGCUACCUGCGACCAUCGUGCAAAACUCAGCGACAUGCUCUGUAUUUGCGACAAGCCUUCUCCAGAAGACCCAUUCCCGGGCCCUCCGCCGAAGCGCGUCUGCGGGGAUCCUGACUCAGACUCCUUCAACGAGGCCAAGGACCUCUGCAAAGUUUGCCUUCCGAACGCCGAGUACACUGAGACGCCCGUGACCGAGCAAGACCAACGGCUCCGGUCUUGCAUCGUAGACAUCUGCUCCCUCCCAGACACUGCCACGCUGGAUGACAAGAAGGCCAUCUCCGAGAAUGCCUGCGAGCAAGAUCCGAUUCUUCCGCCCUCCGGCCGGAAGCUCUGUUCAUCUGGAGGGUUCUGUGAAUCCAUCUGUGGCGACGAACUCGUCUUCCCCUCCAUCGGCGCUAGCGCCUGCCAGAGCCUCUGCAAGCCCCUCUUCGAGUCGAAGGUGGCCCCCGGGUUGCGGGGCUUCUGCGGAUUCAAGGAUUCCUGCCAGGGCCAGGAGUGCAGCGACUCCAGUUACUACUGCCCUUUGCUGUGCCAGAGCCUCGAGUGCGACCAGAAUGUUCAGGAUGGAUGCUCUGGAUGCCAGCAGAGAUGUGCCACGGCUUUCGGCGAUGUUGACGACAUCCUCGAAGAGUACUGCGAAGACUGCUACUCCGUGCCUGUAGACGAUUCUGAUCCCUGCAAGCGAUCCGGGUUCUGCGCGGAGUACUGCAAGGGCGCCGUGAACGGCAACGAUCCCCUCGUCUUCAAGAAACCGUCCGACUGCCUUGACGUCUGUAACAGCGACGCAGGCUACGACCGCAUCAUCAGCACCGUCGAAUCCAAGUUCUGCCCAAAUGACAUUUCCAGAAAGGAUGCAAAUGGGAUAUGCAAGGGAGACCUUUGCAAGAUUGGUGGCAAGCGGAGAGCGUGCUUCGGUCCGUGUGCCAACGCACUCUUAGACAGCACAGGCCUGGGUGGCUUCUUCCGGGAGUAUUGCACUAAGUUUUGUGGUGCAAUUUGCGACAUCGGCUUCGCUGGCGCUCGAUGUCGAGACGACUGUGGUCCGAAUGCUCGGAAGAUCACUCGGACUUUCUGCAGGUGCGGGAUAUGCUCCUCAAGGCAUUCGCUCAUGGAAGUAAACGAAGACGUGGGCCUCCUGCAGUCCCGGUCGUAUGCGUUGCAGCCGGACGUGCCGGACGUGGAGAGCAGCGAGCUGUCUGCAGGCCUCUGCUCAUGCCGCAGCAAGUCCUUCUACUGCAAAAGGCUCUGCGACGACGGCCUCAAGACGAAAGGGAAUCGCGAGCCCGCCUGCAUCCAGGGCUGUCUGCAGAAGUUCUCUCAAGUCGUGAGUGUCCUGGAGAUCUACGAAGAGAAGUGCCCAAAUUGCAAGGUCCGAGGCGAUGACGACAGAAGGGACGAUGACAAGAAACGGGACGAUGACAAGAGGAGGGAUGACGACAAGAAGAGGGACGAUGACAGGAGGAAAGAUGAUGACAAGAAGAAGGACGAUGACAGGAAGAAAGAUGACGACAGGAAGAAGGACGAUGACAAGAGGAAAGAUGACGACAGGAAGAAGGACGAUGACAAGAGGAGAGAUGAUGACAAGAAGAAG